AUGUAUAAAGCCUCAAGGAAAGUGUUGUGCUUUAAUGUGGAAGAAAUUCUGCGCAAGUAUAUUCGCUAUGCUCUGAAUGAGAAACCAUUUAACCCUGAUGUGGUAGCUGAUUUAAUUCAGCUGAGGAGAGCUUCUAUGUUAAAUGACUCCCAAGUUGCGGAGAUUCUGAAUGAAAUCUCACGACGAAUUGUGCGAGACAAAGGCCCUGUAGUCAUGGAUGCAUCAGGCUAUACAGAGAAGAGUUUCAAGAGAAAACUUGCUGUUCAGGCUCUUUUUGGAAAAGUCUUCUAUUUAUCUGAGCGUCAGGAGCGUGCUUUAAAGAGAAUUUCGGGCCUCAACUAUGGCUACUAUGCUGGCCAUUCCUUGUCUGUUGAUGGUGAUUCACAAGGAGUUGAACGGUUAUUUGGUGCUCUUUCUGCUCAUAUGUGGCCUGGGAUGAUCUUAAAGUCUGGUGAUAAAAUAAGUGAACCAUCAAUACCUCAGAAAGAGUCUUCUUCAGAAGAAUCUGAUUAUGAAUUGGAGUAUGAAGUCCUAUCUGAUGGUUCAGCUGAUCCUCGGGAUGACACACAACAAAGAUGGGUUUCUGCUACUCCCUUAGAUGCUGGAAAAUCAGUUUCACAAAACAACCCCAUCUCAGAUUCUGAACUCAAAGAUGGAACCAAGUCUGAUAAAAAUUUACAACCAUCAACUUCAAGCACUGUAUUGCAGGAUGAGGGUGACAAGGAAGUUGGGGAUUCUGAAGAAGAUGGGGUAUCAGGCAAAGGUCUUGACUUGGAGGAUUUGGAACAGCUAAUGUCAGAGAUAGGCAAUAUGCGUGCUGGCUUAAGAUUGAUGCCUGAUUUCCAGAGAAGGGAAAUGGCUGCAAAGUUGACCUUGAAAAUGGCUUCCGUGUUUGGGGGAGGUAGGACGAUGAAGAUGAACUAUAGAGAAUAAAUUGUCCUGUGCUUAUGAGAUUCUGAUGAAUGUCAUUGUUUGGAAUCUUAUAAGCGCCAUCUCUCUUACACAAAAAUCCGAGGUUUUCUCAUGCUCCUUGCGACUCAUGGUUAUUUUUCCGGAACACACAUUCCGUUCAAAAUGGAAUCUCUAGUCACGCUCACGGUGCCUUUUCAGGGUUUUAAUGCUGUGACAUGCUCAGAUAAUUUAUUAUACAAAGUGCAAGCACUGUACAGGGUGUCUUAAAUAUCUGGUCUGGUGCAGAGUGUUUUAAAUAUCUGGUCGUGAUUUUUUUUUCUCGGUCUGUAAAAAUAUCUCGUAGUGUCAGUUAUGCGCUUUUUAGAUAAGAUCAAAUCCAAGUUGCACUUAGGGAUGGGCGAAAGUGACAUAUUUUCGUA